GCGGGAUUCGCAAACCGCGUUACAUGCAUGUCCAGUGGGGGUAGGUUUAAUUUUGACGAUGGAGGGUCCUACUGCGGAGGCUGGGAGGACGGCAAGGCGCACGGCCAUGGCGUCUGCACCGGCCCGAAGGGCCAGGGCGAAUACACCGGCUCCUGGAGCCACGGCUUCGAGGUGCUGGGCGUCUACACCUGGCCAAGCGGCAACACGUACCAAGGCACCUGGGCGCAGGGCAAGCGCCACGGCAUCGGCCUGGAGAGCAAGGGGAAGUGGGUGUACAAGGGCGAGUGGACGCACGGAUUUAAGGGGCGCUACGGGGUGCGGGAGUGCACGGGCAACGGAGCCAAAUACGAAGGGACCUGGAGCAACGGACUGCAGGAUGGCUACGGCACGGAGACCUACUCGGAUGGAGGAACGUACCAGGGCCAAUGGGUUGGUGGCAUGCGCCAGGGCUACGGUGUGCGGCAGAGUGUCCCUUAUGGCAUGGCCGCAGUCAUCCGCUCGCCCCUGAGGACCUCCAUCAACUCCCUGCGCAGCGAGCACACCAACGGGGCGGCGCUGCACCCCGACGCCUCCCCGGCAGUGGCCGGCAGCCCGGCUGUGUCCCGUGGUGGCUUCGUGCUGGUGGCCCACAGUGACUCGGAGAUCCUCAAGAGCAAGAAGAAGGGACUGUUCCGGCGCUCGCUGCUGAGCGGCCUGAAGCUGCGCAAGUCUGAGUCCAAGAGCAGUCUGGCCAGCCAGCGCAGCAAGCAGAGCUCCUUCCGCAGCGAGGCGGGGAUGAGUACUGUGAGCUCCACGGCCAGCGACAUCCACUCCACCAUCAGCCUGGGCGAGGCCGAGGCUGAGCUGGCGGUCAUCGAGGACGACAUCGACGCCACUACCACCGAGACCUACGUGGGCGAAUGGAAGAACGACAAACGCUCGGGCUUCGGUGUGAGCCAGCGCUCGGACGGGCUCAAGUAUGAGGGCGAGUGGGUCAGCAACCGCCGGCACGGGUACGGGUGCAUGACUUUCCCCGACGGCACCAAGGAGGAGGGGAAGUAUAAGCAGAACGUGCUCGUGAGCGGCAAACGCAAGAAUCUCAUCCCACUGCGUGCCAGCAAGAUCCGGGAGAAGGUGGACCGGGCCGUGGAGGCAGCUGAGAGGGCGGCCACCAUCGCCAAGCAGAAAGCCGAGAUCGCUGCGUCCAGGACCUCCCACUCACGGGCCAAGGCUGAGGCAGCACUUACUGCGGCUCAGAAAGCCCAGGAGGAAGCACGGAUCGCCAGGAUCACUGCCAAAGAGUUCUCUCCCUCCUUCCAGCACAGGGAAAACGGGCUUGAGUACCAGAGGCCAAAGCAUCAGAUGUCCUGCGAUGACAUCGAGGUGCUCUCCACCGGGACACCCCUGCAGCAGGAGAGCCCCGAGCUGUACCGAAAGGGCACCACCCCUUCUGAUCUGACCCCCGACGACAGUCCCCUGCAGAGCUUCCCCGCCAGCCCCACAUCUACCCCUCCGCCAGCUCCUGCCUCCAGGACCAAGAUGGCCCACUUCUCCAGGCAGGUCUCCGUGGAUGAGGAGCGAAGCGGGGACAUCCAGAUGCUCCUUGAGGGCCGCGGAGGGGACUAUGCCCGCAACAGCUGGGGCGAGGAGAAGGCUGGGGCCUCUAGGGGUAUCCGCAGCGGUGCCCUACGAAGCGGCCAGCCCACUGAGGACUUCCGCACCCGGGGCUCAGGCCACAAGCAGCCUGGGAACCCCAAGCCCCGGGAGCGGCGGACGGAGUCCCCCACCACGUUCUCGUGGACUUCCCACCACCGGGCAGGCAAUCCCUGUUCUGGGGGCCCCAAACUGCUAGAGCCAGAUGAGGAGCAGCUGAGCAACUACAAGCUGGAGAUGAAGCCCUUACUGAGGAUGGAUGCCUGUCCACAGGAUACGCACCCACAGAGACGGCGUCACAGCCGGGGUGCUGGGGGGGACCGGGGCUUCGGGCUACAGAGACUGAGGUCCAAAUCCCAGAACAAGGAGAACCUCAGGCCAGCCUCCUCUGCAGAACCCACGGUGCAGAAACUCGAGAGCCUGCGGCUGGGGGACCGGCCCGAGCCCCGUCUGCUGCGUUGGGACCUGACCUUCUCCCCACCCCAGAAGUCCCUGCCUGUUGCACUCGAGUCUGACGAGGAGACUGGGGAUGAGCUCAAGUCCAGCACGGGCUCAGCUCCCAUCUUGGUCGUCAUGGUGAUCCUGCUCAACAUUGGAGUCGCCAUUUUGUUUAUUAACUUUUUCAUCUGACAAGAUCGUUGUGACCACGGAAGCGAUGAUGUACAAAAGGGACGCUAAAAGCAAAACAUGGAGGGAGGGGGCUCCUGACUUGGGACAGCCCCACGGCGCCUGUCCUUCCACAGAAGAACAACAUGAUUGGGUAUCAAUCACAGUUUGCCUUUUUUUCUGGGUAAUGUUUUUUUGGAUUUUAGCCAAAAUUCUUUGCUUGUAUAACACGAUGCUGUGUGGCCUGGGAGGAGGCGGCCGGCAUGCCACCCGUCCAGCUUGGUGUGAGCGGGUCCGGGCAAACCAGCGGCCAAAAGAUCGGGACCUUCAUAUUUCCUGCCAGGUGUGGAGGAAGGUGGCGCCUUGACCGGGGUGCCAGGCGAGCCGGGAGAGGGGGAGGGCAGCCAGGGAGUGCAGCUGUGCAAGGGAGUAGCUGGGAGUGUGGGCCCAGGCCUGGGGACAGGGUGUCCUGGCCUCUGUCUCCAUGGAGUCUGUGCUGCGUAGCUGUGGAGGGAGAGGGAAGCCCCUGCUCUUCUUCCCAGAACAGACCAUGAUCCCUCUUCUUGGCACUGCCCAAAGGCUCUCCUAAGGAGGCCGCCUCCCCACACUGAGUCUUAAGGCAAUGUCUGUUCCCCCGCUGUCCUCCGCUCACUCAUUGUUGGCCCUGUCCAGCCAUCCUCCCUCCAGACCCAGGGAGGCCAUGCUGCAGACGUCCAGGGCUGACCCCAACCCGGCCGGGCACAUCUGAGCCCCGAUGCCAAGGGGGCUAUGGCCCACAUGCCCCGGACAGCCUGACAGCACGCCUGGGUUCUGUCUGAGCAUGUGCCGUUCGUUUUGCACCUAGUAUGCAGGAUGUAUAUUCAGGCUUCCGUGUCCCUGGCAGUGGCGCCCCACGGAGGACGUCACCUCUCACUGACCUCCACGGGGUCUCACAUCUUUGCACUGUGCCUGCCUCGACUUCCCCUGACAGAUAUGCAUAUUCCCUCCAGAUGCCUCAGAGCUACUCCACAGAGUCUGGUCCCGGGACAGGAAUGUGGUUGAAGCCAGUGGCUUGAAUGCCCUGGGCCCUGUUGCAUACCCAGCACUCCCGGAUGUACAAUGUAACUUGUUUCAGUCAAACAACAGGUUCCUCAUGUCUCUGCCUUCUCUACCAGGGUUGUUCCCUCAUCCAAACAAAUGAACAAGGGACGCCAGCCCGCCUGGCCCCCGUGGCUCCNUCAGUCUCCUUGGGUGCGGCCCGUCUUGUCUUCUGGACUCCGCCUUGCUUUGCUCAUGUCCUCUGCUAACUUUUGAGCAGAUUUCUUUACUACAGUGCACUGGAUUGCUAUAUUUUUAACCAGAAAUAAACUACAGAUUAGAGCAUG